AUGAGUGGUAAUCCAGGUGGCUCGACGUUCAGACUGUCGCCAACUCCACCAGAGAGAGGUUCAUUCCCAUUGGACCAUGACGGUGAAUGCACGAAUGAAAUGAUUGCAUACAUGAACUGUAUCAAGUUAGUUAAAGGCGAAAACGGUGCCGUUAACUGCCGUAUAAAAGCACGUGACUAUCUGAAAUGCAGAAUGGAUCAUGGAUUAAUGGAACGUGACGAUUUCAAGCACUUGGGACUUCCAGAGCCACGAGGCGCUGCCGCUGCCGCUGCCGCCACCACCAGUGAUGGCGAUGGCACUGGAGCCACAAAGAAUGCGCCACCGACAGGCAAGAAGUUCGGUGAGCCGUAA